CUGUACUGUAAGCUUCACUGGAUGUGGGAAAUUAUCUAGUCCUAGUAUAUACUCUGUAGCUCUGAAUCCGAAAGCAAGAGAGAGACCGACUUCGGACGUACUUACUGCAGGCGCUUGGAACAAUGAACACAAAAUUGACGCUGCUAGGUCUCCUGUGUUGUCUAAAGAUGGGCCAUACGACAUCAUCAACAUCUGCGAUCAUUUCAUGGAGAUUGGCCAGUGAUUUGACGGUUGCUCCCUACACAUUCAACUACUACAACAGCAACAGAAGCAACUGUUUGUUCGGCUCUGGUAACAGUACCACAAAUGGGACAACAUAUGAGCUGGGUGGUCUUGAAGUGGGAACUGAGCUGUCUAUCACUGUGAUUGCCAAUCCCUCUACUGAUACCACUGAAGACCAAGAAGUAGUUCCAACUUUCCUGACUGUGGCUAAUGUGACCUCAUCCACCAUCACAAUCACGUGGGAGAUGGUACCGUGCCCAUUUCUGAACGGGAAAGUGAUAGGCUAUGUAGUGAGGUAUGGGAAAGUUGGGAGUUUGGAGAGGACUUUGUUUCACGUCCAGGGAGGUGACACUAAUGAGACCACAAUAUCAAAUCUAAUAGCAGCCACACUCUACUCCAUUGAAGUAGCAGGAGUCAACAGUUUCAGCAUCAUUUAUUUCCUUGAACCUGGAAUUCAACAAUCAACCCUUCAAGCCUCCUCAGAUUUUCCAGGUCAGCCAAACAUGACUGUGGCUACCACUGCUCUCAGUGACUCCACAACAGCUACGAGUGUUCCAAGUGACUCAGUGGUGACCAGAACCACAGCCACAGUUGGCACCACUGACAGGUCACCUGUUAACAAUGGAGAGGACUGUGCCUCCACUGGAGUCACUCAAGAAAGCAGUGACACCACAACUAUCACUGUUACCUUAGUUGCAGGAUUUGCUGGGUUUAUUCUCAUUUUCCUAGUCAUAGUAGCUGCUAUGGUUUUUCUAGUAUUUAGAAGGUUCAGAAGAAGCUACUCAGCCAUCAAGACCAAGAUAAGGGAUCCAGAAAUUGUGGCCAGCAUCCAAGUCAACGAGACAGCUUUCUGCAUUGGCAACACAGAAGCUACAAACCUACCACAAACCUUCAGCGAGCCUGAGACUGCCAGCAAUGAGUCCCACCCUCCAGGCAGACAGACAGCGGACUCUUCUCUAACUGCUCCUAUCAAAGACGCCUACAUGGAGGUUGUCAAUGAGCUGGCAGACGACACCUCCCUCGCCAAAGACCCUAACACAACCGUGAACGAAGCGUACUUGGAAGUGGUAAAACAGACACUGAGUGGCAUUGGCAACACAGAAGCUACAAACCUACCACAAACCUUCAGCGAGCCUGAGACUGCCAGCAAUGAGUCCCACCCUCCAGGCAGACUGACAGCGGACUCUUCUCUAACUGCUCCUAUCAAAGACGCCUACAUGGAGGUUGUCAAUGAGCUGGCAGACGACACCUCUCCAGCCAAAGACCCUAACACAACCGUGAACGAAGCGUACUUGGAAGUGGUGAAACAGACACUGAGUGACCCCGAGACCUUUGGCAAUGAGUCCUAUCAUACAGUGGGAGAAACAGCAGUAGACAGUCACCAAGAAGCCCUCUACAUCUGUAUUGCUGUUUCCAAGUAUGUCUAGCAAUCUCAACGCAACCAGUAGUCCAGAGACCCUAAGACAGUACUUACAAAGGCAUAAACAAAGAAGUAUUAACUUUCCACCCCAUAUAAUAUUGGUAACAAGCUAAGACAUUAUUUCUUACCUCAAGAGACAGUAACACACAGCUACAAACCGAUUAUCAUCCUCUGCCUUCAAUAUUUAUAGUGAUCCAGAGAGUGGAGGAAAUUAGAGACGGAGGGAUCCGGACAGACAGAAAGAUAGUCACAAACUCAACUUCACAAUUAGUACUCACCCCA